UUCUUCAACACAUGAUCUAUAACAAUUGCAUACAAGCAACAUGAAUAUCAAAUUUGUACUAAUUGUGGUAGCUGCCGUACUUAUACAGCUAUUCAAUUAUCAAGACAGUGGAUGCAAUGUGAUCGCCUACCCAACUGCGUCCUGUGGUGAUUCUGAUUCAGGAUCAGGUUCAGCAAGUUCAGGCGCUGCGUCAGGAGCUGCAUCUGGUUCAGGAGCUGCAUCUGGUUCAGGAGCCGCUUCUGGUUCAGGUUCAGCUGCAGCAUCUGGAGCAGCUUCUGGUUCAGGUUCUGCUGCGGGAUCAGGAGCUGCCUCUGGCUCAGGUUCUGCUGCGGGAUCAGGAGCUGCUUCUGGUUCCGGUUCUGCUGCAGGAUCAGGAGCCGCUUCUGGUUCAGGUUCCGCUGCAGGCUCGGGAGCUGCUUCUGGAUCUGGAUCUGGUUCAUCUUCGUCGGGAUCCAGUUCAUCGGGAAGUUCAGGAGGAUGCGGAGGAGGAAGUGGUUCCGCAUCGUCUGGAGGUUCAUCAGCAUCCGCAACCAAAAAUUCUGCCGGAGCUUCGUCUAACGGGUCUUCUGCAGGAGCAUCGAAUGGUUCAGCAGGUGCGUCUUCAGGAGGCUCUUCAGCAUCAGCAACCAAAAACUCUGCGGGAGCCUCAUCUGGGAGUUCGUCUGCUGGAGCAUCUAAUGGCUCAGCAGGUGCUUCAUCAUGUGGAUCUUCAGCAACAGCAACCAAAAAUUCUGCCGGUGCCUCAUCUGGAGGAUCUACUGCCGGAGCAUCUAAAGGUUCAGCAGGUGCCUCAUCUGGAGGAUCGUCGUCAUCAGCCACCAAAAAUUCUGCGGGUGCUUCAUCUAACGGUUCAUCUGCUGGAGCAUCAAAUGGCUCAGCAGGUGCAUCUUCUGGUGGAUCCUCAUCAUCAGCAACCCAAAACUCUGCUGGUGCUUCAUCAAACGGAUCAUCUGCUGGAGCAUCAAAUGGCUCAGCAGGUGCAUCUUCUGGUGGAUCUUCAUCAUCGGCAACUCAAAACUCUGCUGGUGCGUCUUCUAACGGAUCUUCUGCUGGAGCAUCAAACGGUACGGCAGGAGCAUCGUCUGGUGGUUCAUCAUCAUCCGCAACCAAAGAAUCCGCUGGGGCAUCAUCUAAUGGAUCAACUGCGACUGCAAGUAAAGACUCAGCUGGAGCAUCUUCUGGUGGAUCAUCAGUUGGUGCAACUGCUUCUGGAGCGGGAGCAGCAUCAGGUGGUUCAGUAUCAUCAGCUACUAAAAAUUCCUCAGCUGCAUCUUCGCAAGGAUCCAGUGUUUCGAUUUCAAAUGGAGUUGUAAGCGCAGCAUCAAAUGGAGCUACCACGAGCGCUGGUGCCGGUUCCGCGUCUUCAGCAUCAGGUGGAUCCUCCGCAAAUGUAGGAGGUGGAUCUGCAUCAGGAUCAUCCAAUGGAGCAACUUCGAGCGCUAACGGCUCCUCGGCAUCGGGAUCAUCUGGAGGAUCAAGCUCUUCGGCUGGUGCAGGAAGUGCAUCUGGUUCAUCAGGAAACUCCAGUUCAUCUGCCAGUGGAAACACCGCAUCAGGAUCAUCCGGAGACUCCAGCUCAUCUGCUGGUAGUGGAACAGCAUCAGGAUCAUCUGGAGGGGCCACCUCAACUGCUGGUUCGGGAUCAGCUUCGGGUUCGUCAGGAAGUUCAAGUUCAUCUGCAGGUAGUGGUUCUGCAUCUGGAUCAUCUGGAAACUCUAGCUCAUCAGCUAGUGGUGGAACCGCGUCAGGAUCAUCUAACGGAGCUACCUCAUCAGCUGGUAGUGGAACUGCAUCUGGCUCAUCUGGUGGCUCAAGCUCUUCUGCUGGAAGUGGAACUGCAUCAGGCUCAUCUGGAGACUCCAGCUCUUCUGCUGGUAGUGGAAGUGCAUCUGGAUCUUCUGGUGGAGCCACUUCAUCUGCUGGUUCGGGAUCAGCUUCGGGAUCGUCAGGAAAUUCAAGCUCAUCAGCUGGUAGCGGAUCGGCAUCGGGAUCAUCUGGAGAUUCUAGUUCAUCAGCUGGUAGUGGAACUGCAUCUGGAUCUUCUGGUGGAGCCACUUCAACUGCAGGUUCGGGUUCUGCUUCGGGGUCGUCAGGAAAUUCAAGUUCUUCAGCUGGUAGUGGAUCGGCAUCGGGAUCAUCUGGAGACUCUAGCUCCUCAGCUGGUAGUGGAAGUGCAUCAGGAUCAUCUGGUGGUGCUUCCUCAUCUGCUGGUUCCGGAUCUGCUUCCGGCUCCUCAGGUGGAUCUACUUCAGGAGCUUCUUGUGGAUCAGCUUCUGGUUCAUCUGGAGACUCAAGCUCCUCAGCUGGAAGUGGAAGUGCGUCAGGAUCAUCUGGUGGUGCUUCCUCAUCAGCGGGUUCUGGAUCUGCUUCAGGUUCUUCAGGUGGAUCUACUUCAGGAGCUUCUAGUGGAUCAGCUUCUGGGUCAUCAGGAGGAUCCAGUUCCUCUGCUGGUAGUGGAUCUGCAUCGGGAGCAUCUGCAGGAUCGAGCUCAGCUGCUGGUUCAGGAUCUGCAUCGGGUUCUUCAGGUGGAUCUAGCUCUGGAGCUUCUAGCGGCUCAUCAGAUGGAUGUGGCUCCGGAGGCUCUAGUGGAGCAGCUUCAGGAGCAGCCUCUGGUUCAGGAUCAGCUUCUGGCUCAGGAUCAGCUUCUGGUUCAGGAGCAGCUUCUGGCUCAGGAGCAGCUUCUGGUUCAGGAGCAGCUUCUGGCUCAGGAGCAGCUUCUGGCUCUGGAUCAGCAUCUGGUUCAGGAUCAGCUGCAAGUUCUGGAGCUGCCUCUAGUUCAGGUUCAGCUGCUGGAUCCGGAUCUGCAUCUGGUUCAGGAUCAGCUGCAAGUUCUGGAGCUGCCUCUAGUUCAGGUUCUGCUGCUGGAUCCGGAUCUGCUUCUGGUAGUGGAUCUUCUGAUGAUUCUGAUGAUUGUUCUUGUUGAAUCGUUUUCUAAAGUUUGUACAAACACAAACCCACCUUUAAUUUCAUAAUUUAUGCCGACCGAACUGUUUUUACAUUGGAUAUGUUUUAAUUUUAAAUUAUUUUGCAUUUAGUUUAUAAUUUUGUGUUUUACCACAUUCAAUUUAUUAUACUCAAAACAUAAUUUU